AACGUUUCGGGCCGAAACCCUUCCGGGUUUCGGCCCGAAACGUCGCAUAUUUCCUUCGCUCCAUAGAUGCUGCUGCACCCGCUGAGUUUCUCCAGCAUUUUUGUCUACCUCCGUUCAAUAAUAUAGUGGUGGAGUCUCUUGGAGUCUCUUGGAGUUAGUUGAGGCAGGCUUCUGAACUGGGCGAACAGUGAACAGAGACAAUCCCACCCCCAUCACUCACAGACACUUGAAGGAUCCACAGGGUUGGUUACCAGCUCCGGAGUCUCCACACAGGGUGACGGGGUCGGUCUUGUUCUCAUCUCCUGCCAUCGCUCGCUCCUUUUAUACCGACUCCCGGCUUCUCCUGCCCCUCAUUGUCUGCCCUCACGUACAUUCAACCAAUCACUGCCUCCCACGGAGCAUUGGCCGGAGUCAGCCGCGACCUCUCCACCCUCUGCCAAACGUGUCGUUGCAUCAGCCGUUAACGUUUAACAAGAACAACGUCAUCCCAGAUGCCAGUCUCCACCACGUCUCGUUCUGGUCAACUCAUCACAGUUGAGGCAGAAACUAUCCCGACGUUUAAGAAACAGUUAAACAGGAACGUGGAUAGGUCAGAUUUAGAAGGAUAUGGACCAAACGUGGACAGGUGGGACUAGUGUAGCUGGGACAUGUUGGCCAGUGUGGGCAAGUUGGGCCGAAGGGCCUGUUUCCACACUGUAUCACUCUAUGACUCUAUUACACUACGACAUUAAAUAAAUAAUGAUUACAAAAUGAAACUCCACAUAAAUCCCAUCUUCUCCUCUGGCCGUCUACACAACACACUCAUUGACUGCAGCAGAUACAAUGAAUGUCACACUGGUGGUACCAGGGCACCUCUGGAAAAUGUUCUUAUCAAGAUGUGAUUGAGAAGACUAUGUAACAUAGAACAUGGAACAGCACAGGAACAGGCCCUUCGGCCCACAAGGUCCGUGCUGAACAUGAAGCCAAGUUCAGCUAAUCUCCUCUGCCUGCACCUGAUCCAUAAUCUCAAUUCCCUGCAUGACCAUGAGAUUUUUUAGAUAAAGACUCUGAACUAUUGUAUCUGCCUCCACUUGUAUCUUUAAAUGUUUCCUAUCUCAAUAGACAAUAGACAAUAGACAAUAGGUGCAGGAGUUGGCCAUUCGGCCCUUCGAGCCUGCACCGCCAUUCAAUAUGAUCAUGGCUGAUCAUCCAACUCAGUAUCCCGUACCUGCCUUCUCUUCAUACCCCCUGAUCCCUUUAGCCACAAGGGCCACAUCUAACUCCUUCUUAAAUAUAGCCAAUGAACUGGCCUCAAAUAUCUUCUGUGGCAGAGAAUUCCAGAGAUUCACCACUCUCUGUGUGAAAAAUGCUUUUCUCAUCUCGGUCCUAAAAGAUUUCCCCCUUAUCCUUAAACUGUGACCCCUUGUUCUGGACUUCCCCAACAUCGGGAACAAUCUUCCUGCAUCUAGCCUGUCUAACCCCUUAAGAAUUUUAUUACCUUCUGUCAGGUCUCCGCUCAACAUCUGAAGUUCUAGAGAAACCAAUCCAAGAUUAUCCAACCUGUCCAUAUAACUUGCUAUUGAGGGAGUGCAACGUAGGUUCACCAGGUUAAUACCCGGGAUGGCGGGACUGACAUGUCAACUUCUUCUUUCGUGUGGCGUCCACAGCCUAAAGUUGAAGGACAACUUGUUCUAUUUGAUGUUGAAGAAGAAACAGCAGAUACUGGAAAAUCGAAGGUACACAAAAAUGCUGGAGAAACUCAGCGGGUGCAGCAGCAUCUAUGGAGCGAGGGAAAUAGGCAACGUUUCGUCCCGAAGGUUCCCAGAGGUUGCAGGUGGUUGCCGGAGGUUGCAGGUAGUGGAGGCAUGUAGGGAGACAGACAAAAACCUCCGGGAACCGCACGGAAACCUUGGGUGGGGCGCAAAGUCUCCAGAGGUUUCCGUUCAGGUUUCCCAAGUGGGACAGGGGCAUUAGUGCAACCUUGGACAUUCCAUAGACGUUCAUCGUUGACCUCAGUGUCGUGUCGUGUUCAACAGCCUGAUGGUUGUUGGGAAGGAAGAAUUGAUCCAACGCCAUCCCAGCUGCCGGCUCAGAUUGAGUAUAAACUGUGGAACCAGCGCAGGUGCCAAGGGCUGUGGUGGUGACGUGGCGUGGCUGGGACAUCUGGUCCGAUGGGUUGACCAGAACGAGACGUGGUGGAGACACAAGCAGGAUAUGUGGGGCGCCUGGUUGGCCGCUGGCAGCUGGGAUGACGUUGUUCUUGUUAAACGUUAACGGCUGAUGCAACGACACGUUUGGCAGAGGGUGGAGAGGUCGCGGCUGACUCCGGCCAAUGCUCCGUGGGAGGCAGUGAUUGGUUGAAUGUACGUGAGGGCAGACAAUGAGGGGCAGGAGAAGCCGGGAGUCGGUAUAAAAGGAGCGAGCGAUGGCAGGAGAUGAGAACAAGACCGACCCCGUCACCCUGUGUGGAGACUCCGGAGCUGGUAACCAACCCUGUGGAUCCUUCAAGUGUCUGAACAUGGGACUGCAGAGAUGGAUAGGAUUCAUGGUCCUUGUGGAGAUGGUGUGGCAAGUCUCCGCAACUGGAACAGGUCCGAUCUCCAGAGAAUGGGGAGAGGAAGCAAACUUGCCCGGGUGGAACGCACGGGAACCUCGACAAGUCAACAAACAAGAUACUCCAGAAUGCGGUGCUAAGCCAGCUGCGAUCAAGAUGAAAUACACGGAUAUAACGGCACGCAAGAGUGGUUCAGCUACGCUACCCUGCAAAGUACCCACAGGGAAGGAUGGACCCAAGACUUUUGUGGUCACCUGGAGUAAAGGGAGCGGGACACUGGGCGUGUUGACUGAAGGGGAAGGUGCCAAUUAUCCAGGGGGGACCGACCGAUGGAGGUUCAUGAAUACAAACGUGGUUGAGACACGGGAUGCCUCGUUGAUCAUCACAAGUUUACGAGAGACUGAUAUUGGGAUAUAUUCCUGCGCUUGGUUCACUGGCCAAAAGGAAUGUAGACUAAAUAUCAAGCUGACAGUGAACUGAAACCUCACACAGAUUCAGCACAGCCCC